AUGUUGACAGGGCCGGCAAGUCAGAGCGUGGAGAUGCUGAAAGAACUGAUUUCUAAUGGCAUGAACAUCGCUCGACUCAAUUUCAGCCACGCCAGUUACGAGUUUCACAGCCAAGCGAUAAAAAAUCUGCGCGAGGCGUCGAAGAGUUUUCCGGAUAAGCUCGUCGCCAUUGCUCUGGACAACAGAGGACCAGAAAUUCGGACUGGUCUCAUUAACGGUUCACCAACAGCAGAAGUGGACCUCAAAAAGGGCGAAAAAAUUAAGCUGACAACGAAUUGCGCUUUGGCAACAAGGUGCAAUGACCAGGUGGUAUACGUCGAUUACCAGAAUAUUACAAAGGUGUUGAAACCCGGCGCCCAUGUUCUCAUCGACAACGGACUUAUUUCGCUCCUGGUUGAAAGCAUUGACAAACAAGAAAUAGUGUGUACGAUCGAGAACGGAGGUAAGUUGGGCAGCAAAAAAGGUGUAAAUCUACCGGGAACGAAAUGCGAUCUUCCAGCCGUUUCGGCCAGAGAUCAACAGGACCUUCAGUUUGGCAUCGAACAGGGUGUGGAUAUGAUCUUUGCAUCGUUUAUCCGGAAUGCGGAAGGUAUUCGGGCCAUCAGACGUGUGCUAGGUGAAAAAGGACGUUUCAUCAAAAUUAUCGCAAAAAUCGAAACUCAGGAAAGCGUCGACAAUGUGGAUGAGAUAAUUCGGGAGUCAGACGGACUGAUGAUCGCGCGCGGUGACCUGGGCAUGGAGAUCCCUGCCGAGAAAGUAUUUGCAGCGCAGAAAAUGUUGAUUGCGCGCUGCAACGUUGCUGGAAAGCCGGUAAUUUGUUCAACGCAGAUGCUCGAGUCGAUGACCAAGAAGCCGAGGCCCACACGGAGUGACGUGGCGAAUGCAGUGCUUGAUGGCGUGGAUUGUGUGAUGCUGAGCAGCGAGACAGCUAAAGGAGAUUAUCCCGUUGAAGCAGUGAUCACCAUGCGCAAGGCUGGUCCCACUUCUUUCGCUAAUUUUUUCAAUCCUGACCUCCUUGCUGUGUCAGUUUUUAUGCUUUUUUUAACUAGAAAUUUGAUUAACAAAAAUUUGAAAUUCGGAGAGGGAGAAAUUUGACU